AUGAAGAUUGCUGAUAGAUGGAAAUUGUCAUCAUCGUUUUUUUCCAUUAAUAAUCUAGAAUGGAAUUCAAAAUUAAUGGAAGACUGGAACUCAAAAAUAUCGGCAGAUUUAUGUUUAAAUGAUGAAUGGAUUAAACAAAAUCAAUUGAAUAACAAAUUAACAAAAUUAGUCUUGUAUGGAAAAGAAGGACAUUUAGCAGAUGAUAUUUUUGAACUUGGAUAUUUAAUUGGUCGGCAAAUUAUCGGAAUUGAUCUUUCUAAUUCAAGUUACAACAGAAAAAAUAUCAUAUUUCCAACUGAAAAUUCAGCUGAUGACAUGUCAUCAGCUAACAUGGUCGAUUUCAAUCUUCAACAAGGAAAUGAUAUUGAUAUUGAAAGCCAAAAAUCUUAUUCUACACCAACCCAUGUUGAGUUAAUUCAAAAUAAUAUCACACCAUCAGUACAACAUCAGCUGAUAACAAAUGAGAAAAAUUAUGUACAUACAGAAGCUGUGCCAAUAUAUACAAGUCAAAAUUCAGAAUUUGUUCAAUUACCACCAAUCACUGAAUUCCAAAAACCAACGAUUUCACAAGAACAAAAUCCCGGUAAAAACAAAACAAACAAACGUUAUAAUUACAUAUGUAUAAAUCAUUAG